UCAUGUAUCAUGUCACAGCGUACUAAAGUUGUUGAUUUGUACAAAACGCUGUUGUACAUGGGUCGAGAUUAUCCAAAGGGAUACCAGUACUUCAGGACCAAGCUGAGGAGAGCUUUCGACAAGAACAAACUAGAGACUGAUCCUGAAAAGAUUGAUAAAAUGAUAGGUCAUGAAUCCACUAAAACAAUGGCCGCUUGCGUAGCUGUUAUCGGAAAAGAUAAUUCCCCGAAAUACAUUAAGUGUGCUGAUGAAGCCUCCGCACUGCAAUUUCACUACAAGGUGCACACAUCGAUCGAUAUUAUAGAGGAAAAACUCAAUGUAGGAAAUAAGACCACGGUCGAUAUACGGGACCUGUAUUUGGGCCUGUUAUUUGCAACUGAAGAGUAUAAAAUAUAUGGCUACGCUACUAACACAAAGAUUAAAUUCGUCAUAGUACUACAGUCAUCCAACGUAUCGUUAAGGGACAAUGAAGUAAAGAUGAUCUUUAAAAAGCUACACGCUGCAUACUCGAAUGCUGUCUGCAAUCCAUUUUACAUUCCAGGAGAUCAAAUAACUUCCAAAUUAUUUGAUAUGUCAGUACUGGAAAUAAUGGGAGUCGUAUAAUUAUCCAGAGAGAUGUUAAGACGAUCACAAUUACAAAAUUUAGAACUCUGUAUGGAUUAAUAUAAACACUCAUGACGAAUAACAUAUUAAUUUAUAUUUUUAAGAGAAUUAAUAAUUAUUUCUUAACUAUAUCUAUUUUUUCUAUUUGCAAAUUUCCCAUAUGUUGAUUUUCAUAUUUAAAUAUUUGGAUUUAGUAUCUUCUCAUUGUUAAUGAUUUAUCGCAAUAAAACACUUUAAUAAUGUCGUAUAA